ACUUCAACCACCUGAAACAAACAAACAUCACCUAUUCACAACAACAACAACAAAAAUGCAAAAAUCAAACUUCAAUUCACCUUUCCCCCCAAACAUUUCAAGACAACAGCUUUUUGAUUCCCUCACAUCUCACAUAUCUCUCUACAAUUCAUCACAAAAAACCCCAUUUCCUAACUCUAACCCUAACGCUAACCCUAGAUUAUCAAUUCUCAAAUGGUUCACUUCUCUUACAAUUCCUCAACGUCAAGCUCAUCUCACAAUCGUUCACUCCAAUUUCCUUCAAAUUGUUUUGCAAAUGGUUACUAAAAUCCAAUCCAACGGUCAUGGUUUCUUUUUUAUAUUACCUGAUAUGCCCUUACAUGGUUCUGAUCUUCCUAGCAUUUGUUUUAGGAAAUCUCAUGGGUUAUUAGCUCGAGUUGCUGAGUCUAACGAGUCCGAACGGAGAGUUCGUGACUCGGUUCGGGUUUUCAGCUCGAAAGAAGGGGAAGGGGAAAAUGGGGUUUGUGGUUUAUUGGAAUUUGUUGAUUCUUUAACUGUAUGUGAGGGUUUUGUAGGAAAUGUGGAUGGUUUUGUGAGUGUAAUGGAUGGUGUAUCGAACGGGAGGUUUUUAAGGGGUGAAGAGAGUGGGUUGAGCUCAGAAUGGGUGGAAUUAGGGUGGUUGAAAGAGAAGGGGUAUUAUAGUAUUGAGGGUUUUAUUGCGAAUAGGUUGGAGGUGGCGUUAAGAUUGGCGUGGUUGAAUCAUAAUAAUGGUGGGAAAAAGAGAGGUGUGAAAUUGAAAGAUAAGGUGAAUGCUGUAGGUGUUGGAGCUAACGCGUUUUGGAGGAAGAAAGGGUGUGUUGAUUGGUGGGGAAAGUUGGAUGAGGCAACAAGGGGAAAGAUUAUUCGUCUUGGCUUAGGGAAGGCGGCGAAAUCACUGAUUACCGAUACUUUGAAGGGGGCAAGAGGUGUUUCAGCAGAUAAAGCUUGGCUCUGCAGUUCAACGCUAGAACAAUCUCUGAGGGGUAACACUACUUUGUCUAAUCGAAGGAACUUUGUGAAUCUCAGAGGGUCAGAUUCAAGAGUUGCACAGAGCACGUCUCAUGCAUCAGUGUUUGGAGUUUCAUACUCAUUAAACCAGUUACUUGAUAGUUUGUGUAUGCUUCAGGAUAUCUCCACUGUGCUGUUGUCAUGUCCACGUACUGUUUGCGAGUCUCCUGACUGUGAAAAUCUAUUUUUUAGCUCAUUAGAAUCUGUUAAUACUCUUUCUGAUUGUAUAUUAAGAAAAUUACGGGGGUUACUGAUGAUUAUUUCUCUUGACUGUACAAAGUAUGAGCUACUAGAAGACGAAAACUUGAAUUCCUUACCAAAGCAAAACAAGGAGAUACUUGGUGCUUCUAAUCGUAAGAAAAAAGGGAAAAACCGUAAAGGGAAGAAAUCAAAUCCUUCGCCGAAACCUACUACAGAUGGUUUAAGGGUUGUUAAAAGCACUGAGGAUAAGGGAGACACAUUCAUGUGUGGUGAUGAUGUACAUAGUAGUUCGUCUACUGGUUUGGUCGAUAAACUUCGUGGUGAUAAUGUACAUAGUGGUUUGCCUAGUGGAUCGGUCAAUAGAGUACAACAGAAGGAUCUUGAUAAAGAGAGUCUUCCAUCUUUGAUUGAUAUGGUUGGACAUGGUGAAGGACCAGAUAGUCAAACUGUUAGAAGUGCUACAAGGAAGAAAAGGAAAGAAAGAAACAAGAUUAAAAAUCCUAGCUUGAUAACUUCUGGGGAAGAUGGUAAAUGUCAGAAAAGAAAUUCUCAGAAGUCCUUUAUUUCUGUCAACUCCCGAGAUGGGGAUCCAAGAUCUGAUUGUGUCACUGUAGAUUCAGUUGUUCAAAGCGGAUCAAAAGAUUCUUCUAUUGACAAUGAGAAACGUAAACUGGAAGCGAGCAUUCGGAGUCGAAGCGGUGGGGUUUGUGGCUCUGCUGGUUCUCCUGAAGGUUGCAGGAAUCCUUGUUUGACAGACCAUUUGCUCUCAGAGGGGGUGAUUGGAAAUGGAACAGUAGCUGUUGCAGUGGAAACUACCAAUAGGGAUGGCGGUUCUGGUGUAUCUUCUGUAAUGCCUGUGAUUGACUCUGCACCCACUCAUUCAAACUGCAAGGAGUUUAAAAAAUUGAACAACAGAUCAGGUUUUCUUGAGAAACAAACUAAAGUUAGUGAUCCCAACACAAAAUUUACCUCCUUAAAGGAGCAAGGAGGUGUUGAUGUUUAUGGUACAGGGACAAUGAAUUCUCAAUCUUAUGUUUCGUAUGAGUGGCCCAGUGUAGCUCCUGUUCAUCUUCCAUGCGGUGAUUCACAUCUCCCACCGGCUACUGAUAGAUUGCACCUUGAUGUCAGUCACAACUGGAAAAGUCAUUUUCGUCAUUCUUUUCUACGCAAUGUACGUCAUGUAAGAAAUGCUUCAAUUGAAACAGGGUGCUCUGGAAUCAUAUCUGGACCUUUGCCAAUGAGUUUAGAUUGGCCCCCAAUGGUGCGCAGUAUCAAUAGGCUAGCUGCUCCAUCAGUUACAUGCAAUUAUGAUGCUGGGUUUAUCUCUAGGAGAACUUCUUUCCAGCAGGAUAUAGCAGCCCAAAGCAUGCACUGUAAUGCGGUGAGUACCGAGGAUGAAAGGGUAUAUUCUGGUGACGUAAUGGACUUCUCCGAUCUUUCAAAUUCACAUGACGUGGGUGAAGACCAUGAUUAUCACUGGAUGUCUGAAGAAGAGUUAGAGGUACAUGCUGUUUCCGGGGUGGACUAUAAUCAGUACUUUGGAGGUGGUGUUAUGUAUUGGAAUCCUUCUGAACUCAGUACUAAUUUUUCACGGCCUCCCUCUCUUAGCUCGGAUGAUAGCUCAUGGGCAUGGAGGGAAGCGGACAUGAAUAGGGCGGUUGAUGAUAUGGUUGCCUUCUCUUCUUCCUACAGUACAAAUGGUUUGACUUCUCCAUCUGGUGCUUCCUUUUGCUCGCCAUUUGAUCCUUUAGGUUCAGGACAUCAGGCUCUUGGUUAUGUUAUACCAGGAAGCGAGAUUAGCAGCAAGGUUCUGCAGUCCUCAUCGGCAGCAGAUCUAGUGACGGUAGAGAAUGCUUCAGGAUCUUUGUCUAAUUUGUCUGGUGAUGUUGAAGCAAAGUCUGUGGAUUCACUUCCAUACCCCAUUCUACGACCCAUUGUCAUUCCCAGUAUGUCAAGGGAGAGAUCGAGAUCAGAUUUUAAGCGCAGUCAUGAUCAUAAAAGUCCUUGUGUUCCUCCCAGCAGGCGGGAGCAACCUAGGAUCAAGAGGCCUCCAUCACCUGUGGUCCUCUGCGUUCCACGUGCCCCUCGUCCACCUCCUCCUUCUCCAGUUGGUGAUUCUAGAAGGCACAGAGGUUUUCCAACAGUUCGGUCUGGUAGCUCCAGCCCCAGGCAGUGGGGUGUCAAAGGUUGGUUCCAUGAUGGAAUUAAUUUUGAAGAAGCUUGUAUACGCAUGGAUGGUAGUGAAGUAGUUUGGCCUGCUUGGAGGAGUAAAAGUCUCUCAGCCCAUCAGUUAACACAGCCUCUACCUGGAGCUUUGCUGCAGGAUCGCCUCAUCGCUAUUUCACAGUUAACUCGCGAUCAAGAACAUCCAGAUGUUGCGUUCCCACUUCAACCUCCCGAAACGCUGAACUCUACUGCAAAGAAGGCAUGUCUUUCAGUGAUCCAUAGUCGCCUUCAUGACGAAAUUGAGAGCUUCUGCAAACAGGUCGCCUCUGAGAAUCUGAUCAGGAAGCCUUACAUUAAUUGGGCUGUAAAGCGCGUUGCACGUUCUCUACAAGUAUUAUGGCCUAGAUCUCGUACAAACAUUUUUGGUUCAAACGCUACUGGGUUGUCACUCCCAUCAAGUGAUGUGGAUCUUGUGGUUUGUCUUCCUCCUGUGAGGAAUCUGGAACCAAUUAAAGAAGCUGGGAUCUUAGAGGGGCGAAAUGGGAUCAAAGAAACAUGCCUUCAGCAUGCAGCUAGAUAUCUGGCUAACCAGGAGUGGGUAAAAAAUGAUUCUCUGAAGAUCGUGGAAAAUACUGCUAUACCAAUUAUAAUGCUCGUGGUGGAAGUUCCACAUGAUCUCAUUUCAUCAUCUCUGUCAAAUUUACAAACACCAAAAGCUGAACCAACUCAGUUGACUGUUGAAGAAAGCAAUACUUUUCAGGCUGAUUCGACUUGUUCGGAUUCCUCAUCUUCACCACAGUGGUCUAAGGUGAAUGAAUGUGCGAAGGAUGUAAAAGCAGUUCGACUUGAUAUUAGUUUCAAAUCGCCUUCACAUACAGGAUUACAGACCACAGAGCUGGUAAAAGAGCUCACAGAACAGUUCCCUGCUGCCACACCUCUUGCUUUGGUACUAAAACAGUUCCUAGCUGAUCGCAGUCUUGACCAGUCAUAUUCAGGCGGUUUAAGUUCAUAUUGUCUAGUACUAUUGAUCACACGGUUUUUGCAGCAUGAACAUCAUCACAGUCGAUCAAUUGACCAAAACUUGGGGAGCCUCCUGAUGGAUUUUUUCUACUUCUUUGGGAAUGUGUUUGAUCCUCGUCAAAUACGUGUCUCAAUACAGGGAAGCGGCCUGUACAUAAAUAGAGAACGAGGGUGCAGCAUUGAUCCAAUUUGCAUUGAUGAUCCUCUGUACCCGACCAAUAAUGUGGGGCGGAACUGCUUUCGCAUACACCAAUGCAUCAAGGCAUUUGCAGAUGCUUAUUCUACUUUGGAAAAUGAGAUACCUUCUCUUCCUAACAACGAUGAAUCAAAUACAGCAUCACAAGUUAAGCUGCUCCCAAGAAUUAUCCCGAGCAUUGUGGUUUCUGAGGUGUCUUAGUAUCAGAAGUUUUGCAUCUUGAAGAAAAGCAUCUCCAUGAAAACCAGUGACAAGCAAAGCCAUUAUGCUAAACAUUGAAGUUUGGGCCUUCAUAAGUUAGACUCAGUCUCAGUUCUUUGUGUGCAUCUGUUUGAUAUCAGCUUAUUGUUAUCACUAUCAAAGACUCAAAGGUCAAUCUCAACUUGCAACCGCCUCUACCAGAGUUGCCAUAAAUUCUACUGCCGUUCUUUCUACCGUGAUUGGAUUAGGAUUCUGCCUUUAAAAAAUGGGACCAACUUCCACUGGACGUCAGAACCAAGGAACAGUUAAAGAGGUCCUCCAUUCAAUAUAAUCUUGCAUGGUCUGAACUCGACCAUGUCAGUGUAGCAUGACCGCAUUAACAUGUUGGAGACAAUUUGUUGUUACCUGGUUCGUCUUAAAGUAAUUCCACAUCGAUGAAUCAUGGCUCAUAAGAUUUGGAGUGAAAUAGCACUCUACUUGCUCAGUCCUUGGGUUCUGAGAUGUUUCUACUCUCAUGCAUUAAUCGGAUGCUUGCAAGAAUUGAAUGGACAUUCUGACGCACUAUGCCAUUUCUCACUCAACCUCCAUGUUAAGAAAUGGACCUUAGGCCUAACUCAACUCUAAAAGGAGGUGAGGAUUGUUCAAGAUCAUAGGCAAACAACCCCAUCCCACACCGAUGUGAGACUCUUAAGACCCCCCUAUGGACAUGUAGAGGAGCCAAUAUCAGGUAAACGAAGAGUUGGGAUGGGUCUGGCUCUGAUACCAUGUGAAGAAAUGGUGGUGUCCGCGCCCUCUUGAUAACAGUGGUAGCUAGGCCUUCUUGCGCGCACCUCAACUGUUUCACCAAGUACCUGCUAUCCUCCACCAGCUCAGGCUCGUAGUCAAUAGGAAAAGUAAGCUUUUAGCUGCUCCUGAUGGGUUAAGCAUCUUCGUAUUGAAGAUACCUUAGGGGGGCUGAUGCUGGUUGAAGUAUGCUCACACAGAAAGUGUUCUAAAGUGGUUUCACUUUGUGGCCAUGCAGUUGCAAGAAGGAAUCCUUCAUUUGUGCAAGAAGAUCGAGGCCAAAAUGUAAUCGUCUACAAAAGUAAGAAAGAUAAAAAACGAGAGGAAUUUCUGUAUGUUAACAUUAAUUUGAUAGUUUACUCAUACCUUUGUCCAUUUAUGGUGAUAACAAUUAAGCUGAGCUGGUGCUUUCUAUGCUUAAAAAGAUGAACUCUUGAUAUUCUCUUUGGACUGAAAUGCGUCCAAAAUCAAUCUCAACUAGUUUGACCUAUAGCCAUAGUUGUAUUUUUGUUGCGUCUCUUCAUUGAAAAUAAUGUAACAAUACCCUGGUAUCUGUUAUAUAACAGCACUCAUUCAAAUAAAUCGUAUGAAACAAUAACUAGAUAUUUUAAUUCUUUCUAGGUAAGCAAUGUUCUUCUUAUA